AUGGAUUUCCUCCAGCGGCUCGCUCGGUUCAUCGACCGCCCUCUCUUCCCCUGGAAGAAGGUCAUUAUUGGCUUCUCCAUUGGACAGUACCUCUUCGAAGAAUUCCUCUCCUACCGCCAAUACCAAGUUCUCAAAAAGUCAAAGCCUCCCAAGGUCCUCGAAGCUGAAAUCUCGCAAGAAACCUACGACAAGAGUCAGGAAUAUGGUCGCGCCAAGGCAAAGUUUGGCUUCAUCAAAGGUCUCUACGGUCAAAUCCAGAACAUUGCAUUCAUCCACUUUGACGUUCUCCCCAAGCUCUGGUCAUGGACUGGCCAGCUUCUCCUCAGUAUUGCCCCUGCUCGGUUCACUGGCGAAAUCUCGCACUCGAUCGUCUUUAUCCUGUCCUUCAUCAUGAUUCAGCAAGUUCUCUCGCUGCCAACGUCAAUCUACCACACGUUUGUUCUCGAGGAGAAGUUUGGGUUCAACAAGCAGACACCAAAGUUGUUCGUUACGGAUAUGAUCAAGUCCAACAUUCUCGCCUUUGUUCUCGCCCCGCCGAUCCUUGCCGGUUUCCUCAGCAUCGUCAAGAAGACCGGUAACCAGUUCUUCUACUACCUCUGGCUCUUUGUCGCUGGUCUCCAGGUCUUUAUGAUCACCGUCUACCCGAUUGCCAUUCUGCCCUUGUUCAACAAGCUGUCCCCUCUCGAGGAAGGCAAGCUCAAGAACAAUGUCGAAGAUUUGGCCAAGAAGCUCAACUUCCCGCUCCACGAACUCUUUGUCAUUGAUGGUAGCAAGCGCAGCGCCCACAGCAACGCCUAUUUCUUUGGUCUCCCAUGGAAGAAGCACAUUGUAAUCUACGAUACUCUGAUUGAGAAGAGCAAGGAAGAGGAGGUCACGGCCGUCUUGGCUCACGAGCUCGGUCACUGGAGCCUUGGUCACACUACUAGACUCUUUGGCAUUUCUCAGGUCCACGUCUUCUACAUCUUCCUGCUGUUCUCCAUCUUCAUCAACAAUGCAUCUCUCUACGCCGACUUUGGUUUCGUCAAGGAGCACCCCAUCAUCAUUGGAUUCCUCCUCUUCUCUGACGCACUCGCACCCAUGGAUCUCAUCAUCAAGCUGGGCAUGAACAUUAUCAGCCGUCGCUUCGAGUUCCAGGCCGACGAGUUUGCUCGCAACCUUGGCUACAAGAAGGAACUUGCAGCUUCCCUGAUCAAGCUCCAGAUCCAGAACCUGAGCACCAUGGAUGCUGACUGGAUGUACGCCAGCUACCACUUCUCGCACCCCAUCCUGUCCGAGCGACUCAAGGCCCUCGAGUGGGUUCCAACCGAGAGGGUGGCUGAGGAGAAGUCAGAGGCCGAGAAGGCUUCUGGCAGAGAGCUAUAA